CUGAGCCGAUGGGAUAGGCGCGGGGGCGCGUCUGUCACCCGGCAAGCCCCCGGCCCGGACUCGGAGGGAUGCGGAGCGGCAGUGGCGGCGGCGGUGGCGGAGACUGUGGCUUUAAGAGCGCUCAGGGAGCGCCAGAGUCAGCCGUGCAGUCCUUCGUCGCCAAGCACUUCGGAGCAGCCGAGCCUGGCGCUGGCGGGACCGGGCAGCCUGCCGCCAGGAAAUUUUCAAAAAUCUGUACACUCAAUUCCAGGGUACUUUUAUAAACCCUGCAGGUUGAGUAUUCUCUUCUGCUUUCCCUGAUUGUGAGGCGUGCAAAGACAAACUUGCAUUUGAACUCCAGUAGUAUAGCAGUUUCAAGAGCAUUCAUUUCAAGCUGGGCCUGACCUCCUUAUCAUACAGAUGUGCUGGCAGAAGUGAGCUCCCCCAGGUAAAGAGCUGCACUAAGAGCCUCGCCAUACAUUGCUCUGCUCACAUGUGGCAGAGGCGCCAUUCUGCAGCCACUUCUGAGACCGGCGUGCUCUGUGAAUGUGCCAAAUUGCAGGCCUUAAGAGAAUGAAGGCUGCCGAGAACCAGCUGUAGGCCUCUGCUAGAGAGUCCUUCCUCUGAAGACGUCACCAGUGUGUGGAGCCUGCCGCACACCCACCCCCUGCCAAACCACGGCCUUUACCUGUGUCUUCCGGUGUUUCCCGUGCGACCCGUCCUGUGGGAGUGCCUCGUGGGCUGCCCCAGAGUUCGCCCCGCGCUCAGCUGCACCAAUGGUGAAGAUGACAAGAUCCAAGACAUUUCAGGCAUACUUGCCCUCCUGCCACCGCACCUACAGCUGCAUUCACUGCAGAGCUCACUUGGCCAAUCAUGACGAACUCAUUUCCAAGUCGUUCCAGGGAAGUCAAGGACGAGCAUACCUCUUUAACUCAGUAGUUAAUGUGGGCUGUGGGCCUGCAGAAGAGCGGGUGUUGCUAACAGGCCUCCAUGCGGUUGCAGACAUCUACUGUGAAAACUGCAAAACCACUUUGGGCUGGAAAUACGAACAUGCUUUUGAAAGCAGUCAGAAAUAUAAAGAAGGCAAAUACAUCAUUGAACUAGCACACAUGAUCAAGGACAAUGGCUGGGACUGACCCGACAGCGUCCGUCUGCUCCAGCAUCCACACGAAUGCCAUCCAAUUGAACAUUCUACCCAACCGUGAGAGAGUGACUGAACACUUGGUUCCAUCCAUUUAGGGGCCUUGCCAUCAGGGGGCAUACUCCUACCCUGACGCCAUCUUUUUCGGUGACUGGCCUCUGAAUUGCUGUCUCUCUGUCUCUUUGCUUUGUAUCUGUUUGUGAGUUGAUCUUGGCUUCUCUGUUCCAGUGUUGGCUGAAAACAAAAUGACAAACAGAACAGAUCCUUGGCUGUGUGGGGCCGUGUGGUGGCGUCCACCUUGAACAGGGCCCCCAGCCCAUAUGAGAGCUGCCCAAUGGCCUCUUCAGAGUAGUGGCACCUGGGCACGGGGAAGAGCAAAGAUGAACCUGAGAGUCCUGGGGUUGGGGAAGGGGCAGGAGGGUAGAGGUAGAACAAAGCUGUGCUACUCUUGGGGACCUGGCUUGAAAUAAUUGACUCUUUCUAAAGGACAAAGAGAAAAAAUACCUCAUGGCUAUGUUCUCUCUGACAACAGACUUCUGUCCUAACAUCAAAUGUUGCCAGGAUAGCACAUUAACACAAGAAAUGGCCCUGAUUCUUGCUGACAGGGCAAGACCCUGGCAUUCUGGGCCGUGGAAUGUCCUUCUAGUGUGGGUGGGGGGUAGGUUAAGCCCAAAUGGGUUUUAGUGACUCUGAUGCCUCCCGCCCCCACCCCACCUGUGGGCAAUCACCUUCUUGGUUUCCUUCACUGUCGCAGGCGAAGGGAGAGAUGCAAGAUGCAAAUAUUCCAUUUAGCCAGCAGCACCCUGAAAUCCAUAGUGGAGGAAAGCCAGGGAGCACGGGUCGCAGCCUGGGAACUCCUGAUAACAAGCAGGAAAAAUAAAAAUUGGUAACUAGUCAGCAGUUCUAUGGGAACAGUGCAAUGAGAGAGGUUCUGGGAGGAACAGUUUAGGUUUGAGCCAGUCCGGGCUCAGUACAUCUUUCCUCGGUGUGCAGUAGCUUCCAUGGGAUUAGCAACUCUUUGUGCAUAGUGUUUCUGGUUUGCUUUUUUUCUCCAGUUCCAUCAUAACCUAGGAAGCAAAAUAGACCUGAAUGUCUUAUGUGGGGAGAGUAAUCUUUUGACAGUGUGGUCCUGCCGUGGGGAGGAAUCAUAGGUUCACUAUUGCCCCCUCACCCAUCACCCCACCCAAGGUUUGCAUUAGCGAUGGGGGAAAAUUCCCUGUAAGUCUCCAGAGACGAUAAGGAACUUACUGCUUUGAAUCAACACUGAAUGUUUUACAGCAGUUCAGCUAUUAUGUGGCACAUGGCUGAAACUCAUUUGAAUUAAUUUCAUUUCUUAGGCAGAAAAUAAUGUUAAAAUACACACAUAGUAGAUAAUUCUCAACACAUUGUUCUCCAACUAGGCUGGACCUACAGGAAAAGUCACUUCUUAAAAAAAGGCUAAUAAAAGAGUUCAUGGGAAUAAGAAUCUGUAAAACUGGCUAACUCAGACUAAAGCAGCCGACCCGGGGCAUUUUCCAAAUCUCAUCUUCAACAGAACUAAAUUCCCAGCAGGAGAGCUGUGGUUCCCUGGCUUUGUCCCCUGUGUCCUGAUCUGGGAAUGAAAGAACUGAGACUUGGCCCUGCCCUGUUCUGCUGGUGGUGACGGCCAGGUGGCAGAGAGCUGGUCAGCUCUGUUUAAUAGCAGAUGCUCAUCUUGUGGGACCCAAGGAUUCCUAGAAACAGGAUUUCGUUCAAGUCUCCUUGGAACAUUAGCUCCACCUCCCAUCCCCCACCACCACCACCCUGGACUGCAGGAUGGACUGAGCCCCAGAAGGACUAAGUUUUGCUUCCUGAAAACCACUCGGUGGCUCCCAGGCUCAAGUUCUCAGCGACACACAUUUUCCCACUUUCACAUUCCUAAACUGUCUUGCUGGCUCCAGAGUCACUCGUUGUUGCGUCCACCCCCCAAUCCUGCCCGAGGGAAGUGGCCUUCAUUUAAGGAUUUGAUUACACACACCCUUUGCUCAGGGAAUAUCCCAGCUCUACUACAAGUUCUUUUCCUUCUUU